GCUUUAGAACCAGUUAUAUUAUCUGAUCGUGAACUUAAAAAAGAUAUACUUACAGAUGAAGAUUGGAAUAAUUUAGAACAAAUAGCAAAGUUUCUUAUAUUAUUUAAAGAAGUAACAAUUAUAAUGUCUGGAUUUACUUAUCCUACAAUUUCUACUGUAAUUCCUUUAUAUAAUCUUCUUAUUGAUCAUAUAGAAGAUACUAUUGAUAAUAUAAAUACAUUACCUUCAAUUAAAUUAGCUGCUGAAAAAUGUAAAGAAAAAAUAUUAGAAUAUUAUAACAAAACAAAUAACAUAUAUUUAUUUGCAACUAUUUUGGAUUCAAGAUUAAAAUUACAAUAUUUUAAAGGUAAAGAAUGGGGUGAUGAAUUAAUAAAAACAAUUCAAGAAAGUUUUUUAUCUAAUUAUAAUACAUAUUACAAAUCACUUAAUGAAAUAACUUCUAAUAUAUUAUAUGAAAAUGAAAAUAGAUCUAUUAUUUCAAAUAAAAGAAAUCGUUUAUUAGGAAAAACAGUAAGAUAUUGUAUGUGUUUAAAAUCAUGGUGGACUGGUCCUUUAAAUGAAUUAAAUAAUUAA